AUGGCUGCUGCUGCCACUGUGCCCGCCAUGGCCGCCCAGAUGCCCACCCAGGAACAGACUACCCAGACCACCCCUCAGCAAGACGUGCGCCCUGACCUGCCGCGCCCUUACAAGUGUCCUCUGUGCGACAAGGCCUUCCACCGCCUCGAGCACCAGACCCGUCACAUCCGCACUCACACCGGCGAGAAGCCGCACGCCUGCCAGUUCCCAGGCUGCACAAAGCGCUUCAGCCGCUCUGACGAGCUGACCCGUCACUCGCGCAUCCACAACAACCCCAACUCGAGACGCGGUAACAAGCAACAUGCCGCCGCCGCCGCUGCAGCUGCUGCCGCUGCCGCCGCCGCUCAGGCCGGAAUCAUGGAUCAGGCCCAGCACCAGCUCUCGUCGCCCAAUGUCUCUCCUCCCCACUCUUACGCCAGCGCCUACACAAGCAACCCCGGCUCUUACCUGACGCGUAAUGUGAGCGGCGAUCUCAGCCCAGCGGGCCUCAACCACCCCAUGGACAUUAACCUGCUCGCCACCGCUGCCUCGCAAGUCGAGCGCGAGAACUCACUCCCCUCGCACCACAUGGGUCUUGCCAGCAGACAUACAUACGGGACCCACCCUUACAGCCACCAUCCCUACUCGACUGGCCGUCUUCCUUCUCUCUCGGCUUACCACUACAGCUCGAACCCCACUUCUCAGCCAAUGUCGCGUUCUCACUCUCACGAGGAUGAUGACCCUUACUCGCACCACCGCAUGACCAAGAAGUCGCGUCCUGGCUCUCCUCAGUCGACCGCGCCGCCAUCGCCUUCAUUCUCUCACGAGUCGACCUCGCCAACUCCCGACCACACUCCCUUGGCCACUCCUUCUCAUUCUCCUCGGCUUCGUCCGCAGUACUUCCAUAACGGUGUGCAACUCCCCACGCUCCACCAUCUCUCCCUCCAGCACCAACCGCCUCCCGCCCUUGCCCCUGUUGAGCCGUCCGCUGACGGUCAACAGCCGUACAUUCCGACGCACCACAGCGGUCUUCGCAUCAGUGAGAUCAUGGAACGCGAAGACGGAGCCCAACGAAAACUGCCCAUCCCCAUGGUGCCAUCAGCCGUCAAAGUCAACGAUCUCCUCAACAACCCCAACGGCUUCAGCAGCGGUCAGUCUAGCACCACUGGCAGCAUAGCCGGCGACAACUCGAAUUAA